AGAAGCGCCACGAUCGCUCCGGGCUGUCUCGCCUCCGCGCUUGGUGUGGCACGACGCUGCCCGGCGCGCACGCCCGCGGUUCAACAUCCGCUGCGCCGCUGUCGCGCCUGCUUCCGCUCCACAUCCACCUCGCGCUCUCCGCCAUGCUGCCGCGCGCCAACCUGCUCGCCUUCCAGCUCGGCGUGCUGGGCUCGCUCUUCGUCGGCGGCGCCAGCGUCUGGGCCGGCGAGAUCCGCCCCGCCUACGCCGGCGCCUGCGUGCUCAUCUUCACCGUGGCGCUGGCGAUGGUGCUCGGCGCCGAGGUCGAGGCGCCGCAGCGCGCCGCCGUCGAGAUGAAGGAGGUGGCGCAGAAGGAGAAGAAGAAGCAGUAGGAUGGGCAUGCAACCAGGAGCCGCGAAGCAGGGAUGAGCGCGCGACACGGCGGCUUAUCGGGCAGGACAUCAGCGACGGGCACCGUGAGCUGCGGACAAAACAGGCGCACGGACAGCGCAUGGCUGCGUCUUGGCGAACACCGCCUGCGGAGAUUCCGGCGCGCCUGUCGCGAGUCACAGGGCAGAGGAAUGUCACCUGGAUGCGACCGC